CCCACACAUCUGAUGAGUAGUAAUCACUUUGAUAAUCACUUUGACAUUAUGGGUGUGGUCCUCAGAGGUCCUAUAAAUGAGAGACUGUCAAGGAGUCAAGCUCAUUCUCUCCAUAACAGGCAGAGUUGAGUUGGGAGCUCACUUGGACUCGCACACUUCUGAAAGCUACUACCCCUACCCUGUGAGGUCCUGAUCCUAACCUGACUUCAUACUGCUCCAGCAAGCACUGGUGAGGUCACAGAUAGAGUCAUUAGUAACAUGGACCUAGACAUACUGCAAGCCUUCCAGAGGGAAAUCACCUGUGCCAUCUGCCUGCACUACCUUAUAGACCCAGUCACCAUAGGCUGUGGACACAGCUUUUGCAGGCCCUGCCUUUCUCUCUCCUGGGAAGGAGCCCCAAAUCCUGCCCACUGCCCAGAGUGCAGAGAACCAUCACGGCAGAGAAAGUUCAAAACCAAUAUUGUUCUGAAGAAUCUGGUGUCUGUUGCCAGAAAAGCCAGUCUCUGGCAAUUCCUGAGCUCUGAGGAACAAAUGUGUGGAAUCCACAAGGAGAAGAAGAUGUUCUGUGAAGUGGACAGGAGCCUGCUGUGUUCGCUCUGCUCUAACUCCCAGGAGCACGGGGCUCACAAACAUUGUCCCACUGAAGGGGCAGCUGCGGACCAGCGGGCUAAACUCGAAAAGCAAAUGAGAUCUUUAUGGGACAAGAUCCAGGAAAAUCAGAGAAACCUGAGAGAGGAACAAAUAAUGAUUAACCAUUGGAUGGAAUAUGUGCUUCUAGUGAGAAAAAUGACCAGCACCGAAUAUGCAGAGCUUCACCCAGUUCUCUAUAAGGAAGAAGAACAACACUUGGAGGAACUGGAAAGGGAGAGCUGGAAUAUCCUUCAGCAACUCAAGAGAAGUGUGGCCCAAAUAAAUCAAAAGCGGAAACAACUAAAGGAAAUGCACGAGGAACUGGUGGGCAUGUGCCACAAACCAGAUGAGGAGCUGCUGCAGGAUUUGGGAGCCCUACUGAUGAGGAGUGAGUCUGUGCAGCUGCACAUGCCCCUGCCUGUGCGUCCAGAGCUC